AUGAAGUUCCCUCUUAUUCUUUGUGCGAUGAUUCCUCUGGUCUACGGAUGCAAUGGUCCUCGGGAAGUAGGGUCGAACCCCAACUGUCUAGGAGGUACAUACACGGACUGCGCGGCUGAGAAGCAAUCUCUGUGCACUCUCGAGUGCUUCAACCAGCCACCUGGACAAUGCACUACUGGUUGCACAACACGAGCUCAACAAGAGUGCCAGAGAGAUUGCAUGGCCAUCAACAACUGUGAUGAUUGUAUCGAGCACCUCCUGAUCAUGGGCGGAGCCGAGUCAGCUGCACUGGAAGCUUGCUCGCAGCCAGGAGACUCUUACUACUGCAACUGUGGCUGA